GUCACUUCCGUUGUCAGGUGGCGGCGCCGCAGCCAUGGAGGGAGGCGGUGGCGGCGGCGGCUCGGGCGGCUGCGCUGGGAGGCGGCGGUAAGCGGCUCCCACGCCCCCAGCCCGGCCCUGGCCCCGGCCCCGGCCCCCCGGGACGGAGCGCCAAGCAGUCCCGGCUCCGGGCUACGGACUACAGACUAUGGGCGAGCAGCGCUGACCACACGGGGAAGAGCUGAGAAUGAAGCGGAGAGCAUCAGACAGAGGAGCUGGGGAAACGUCGGCCAGGUCGAAGGCUCUAGGAAGUGGGAUUUCUGGAAAUAAUGCAAAGAGAGCUGGACCAUUCAUCCUUGGUCCCCGUCUGGGCAACUCACCAGUGCCAAGCAUCGUGCAGUGUUUGGCGAGGAAAGAUGGCACAGAUGACUUCUAUCAGCUGAAGAUCCUGACACUUGAGGAGAGGGGGGACCAAGGCAUAGAGAGCCAAGAGGAGAGGCAGGGCAAGAUGCUGCUGCACACCGAGUACUCGCUCCUCUCCCUGCUCCACACGCAGGAUGGCGUGGUUCACCACCACGGGCUCUUCCAGGACCGCACCUGUGAAAUCGUCGAGGACACAGAAUCCAGCCGAAUGGUCAAGAAGAUGAAGAAGCGCAUCUGCCUUGUCCUGGACUGCCUCUGUGCACAUGACUUCAGUGACAAGACCGCCGACCUCAUCAACCUGCAGCACUACGUCAUCAAGGAGAAGAGGCUCAGCGAACGGGAGACGGUGGUCAUCUUCUAUGACGUGGUGCGCGUGGUGGAGGCCCUGCACCAGAAAAACAUUGUGCACAGAGACCUGAAGCUCGGGAACAUGGUGCUCAAUAAAAGGACGCAUCGGAUAACCAUCACCAACUUCUGCCUCGGGAAGCAUCUGGUGAGUGAGGGGGACCUGCUGAAGGACCAGAGGGGCAGCCCCGCCUACAUCAGUCCCGACGUGCUCAGCGGCCGGCCUUACCGUGGCAAGCCGAGCGACAUGUGGGCCCUAGGCGUGGUACUCUUCACCAUGCUCUACGGCCAGUUCCCCUUCUACGACAGCAUCCCGCAGGAGCUCUUCCGCAAGAUCAAGGCCGCCGAGUACACCAUCCCGGAGGAUGGGCGGGUUUCUGAGAACACCGUGUGUCUCAUCCGGAAACUGCUGGUCCUUGACCCCCAGCAGCGCCUGGCCGCUGCCGCCGUCCUGGAAGCCCUCAGCGCCAUCAUUGCAUCGUGGCAGUCCCUGUCGUCUCUGAGUGGGCCUUUGCAAGUGGUUCCUGACAUUGACGACCAAAUGGGCAAUGCAGACAGCUCCCAGGAGGCAAAGGUGACCGAGGAGUGCUCCCAGUACGAGUUUGAGAACUACAUGCGGCAGCAGCUGCUGCUGGCGGAGGAGAAGAGCUCCAUCCACGAGGCCAGGAGCUGGGUGCCCAAGCGGCAGUUCGGCAGCGUGCCGCCGGUGCGACGGCUGGGCCAUGACGCACAGCCCAUGACCUCCUUGGACACAGCCAUCCUGGCCCAGCGCUACCUGCGGAAAUAGCCUCAGCCAGAGGCAUCAGCGCCACCGCCACCUCUUCCAGCCCCCAGACAAAGGCCUGGCUGGCUGUCAGGGCUGGGCCCUGUAGUGCUGGACUCUCCCGGCUGCAGUGGGAAUGGGGCAGGGACGGGGACAGCCCAGGUCACACAUGGGGUCAGCAGAGGUACCAGGAAGCUACCUUUUGAGAUGAUUGCUUGAUUGUUUGGGGUUUUUUAAUCUGAGAAGCCUAGAUAACUAAUCUGCUUUUAAUCAUGACGUUUUAAUCUACCUCUGUCUCUUUAACCACGCUGUCUCUGCACUGAGUGAGAGGGAGGAGGAGGGAGCCCACCCGCCCACCUGACCCCACAGUCCAAAUAAGCUGAGAGUGCAGCUCGCUGCUGGCCCCACCUGAGCACCCCGGGCCCUGCCCAGCCUCUUCCCUCCCUCCCCUUCUGGCCCCUGGCCCCUCAGUCCAAGCUUUGGAAAACCUUCACCUCAUCUUAGGCUGAAUUCAAAUAUAUUUAUUUUUUUACUGUAACCAACUUCUCUCCCAUCUCUAGGUGGCUUGGCCCAUGGCCACUCCCUGUCCCCAGCCUGGCUGGACGGCAGGGAGUCUGCAGCCCACCGUGGGCUCCCUCCUCACCCCCGGGCACGGAGGAGCCCUCCGCCACCCCCUCCACUUUCAGCCCCCAGUCCCUCUGUUUCCGCUGGUGGGAGGCCUUUCUAGGCCUGGCUCUUUCUCCUGUCUCGGUAGCUUCUCUGAGGUGCUGCACACACACGCAUUAACCCUGUUUCCUUCUCCAUCCUUCACUGUGGUACCGAGGUGACGUGGACUCGCAAUGUGAAGGGGCCUUCUGGUCGGCUGGGGGGCGCGGUGGCCUGGCCGUGGCCCUGCCAGCCGCUCCGAGACCCCGUGCCGUGUUCAGAGGGCAGUGGGCCAUCUCCCCUGUGUCCCCGCCUCCUCACAGACAUGGUGUCGCUCCCAGCAGACCCCGGCCAGGGUCCCUCACAGGGGGUGGGGAACCCUGCCCCGCCUGGCAUGAGAACAGCCCUGCUGUCCUUAUUGAGCCGAGAUUCUGAAGUGGAUGCCAGUCUUGCCAGAAAUGCUGUUCUCUCCAGAAUGCCCUCCCCCUCCCCCCACCGGACUUGGCCCUUCUUAAUGCCAAGCAAAGACCCUUCCCCAGAGGGCGACCCCCAGAGCCCUCAGAGAGGCCGAGUGUCCCUCCAGGCAGCCCCUGGGCCCUCAGGCCCUUCCUGCCUGUCCUUGCUCCCCAGUGGGAAGGCGGCUGUGUUCCCAGAGUAUGAGCUGCCCUCCUCCCCCCAAAAAGCUGACUCACUGUGAGUGACCUUGGGCAAGUUCCCAAACUUCCUUGUGCCUCAGUUUCCCCAUCUGGAAAAAAUGGGGCCACCUCUUGCCAGCAGUAGCAGGGCUGCCCACGCCCCUUCCUCCCCAUGUCCCCAUCCAGCACUUGGGCGCCUCAUGCCUCUGCCUCAGUGGGUCCGUGGGAGCCCACCUGAGCCCAGCACUUACUGCCCCUGAGCACCAAGCUCUGCGUCUGUCUCUGAGAGCCAGGGCACGUGCCGUGGGGUGGUGGACGCCCUCUUUUCUAUAUUUAUUUCAUAAAGAAAAGUCUCCUAAGGGAGCAGAGAUGCGGUCCAGCCUAGGGCUCCCAGCCCCGACUGUCCUGUGAGGGUCUGAGGCGUGGCCAGGGCCCAGCUCAGCAGAGCCCCCGCCAGACGCCCGGGCCUGCUUCCCAUGUGUGGUCUCCUCCUCUGCAAAGCAAUAGCCUCCGGGUCCGCAAAGCCCUGUCAGAUGACUGGCCCCUACCCAGGUCACCCGUGUGUCUGAUUACAUCUCUGGAGAAGCGAACGAGAGGAGGCUAGGUCUGCCCUCACUGGGUGUCACACACUGAGAGAAGUCCUAUGUAAAGAAACAAAACAGAAAAAUCACAAAAAAGUUUGUAUAAAGACAUAUUUUUGUACUACAUGGGGGACUCUUCCUGCAUGUCAGCAAUAAACUUCCUGAUCUGGAGCCAC